UCGCCUUUCAUCACCUGCAGGGCGGAUGAAAACACACUCCCCAUACAUCAACACUGAAGUCCACACACGCACACACCCCGAAACGACCGGGUGCUGGACAAAAGGGACACGACCCACUGUCCAUGAGGAACCGAGGCGGAGGAGGAGGAGGACUGCGCUUCUGGAGCUGCGCUCAGUCACCGCGGCUCUGUCCCGAUCCGGCUUGUGGAGUGUGAUCGCCCAGAGGACACCGAGCCCCACGCUGAUGGUGCUGCACGUUUGAUAAGCCACACCACAGGGGAGAAAACAACACACACGAGCCACUUAAGCCAUUUUACCCUUGGGCAGCAGCUGGGGAGAAUCUGGACACUGCAGAGAUGUCUGAGGCGUUGUCACAGCAGGAGAGGCUCCAGGCUAUAGCAGAGAAGAGAAAGAGACAAACAGAGAUUGAGAACAAAAAGCGUCAGCUGGAGGACGACCGCAGACAGCUACAGCACCUCAAGUCAAAGGCAUUAAGGGAGAGAUGGCUGCUGGAUGGAGCACCCUCUGCUGGCUCGGAGGAAGACGAAGCGAAGAAGCAGCUUCAAGAAGACGAGGCCAAGACUAAAGGACUUGAGGAGGCUAUUAUGAGGCUGGAACAGGAACUGGAGGAGUUGGAGACAGGUGUGUCCGCAACGUCCACCAAAGAAAGCCUGUCAGACGUGGCCCAGCAAGAGGAAGUCAAAUCUGUGGACAACAAAGUUAUUGAAGACUCUAUAAAAGUGGUCAGAGAGAUCAAAGAGGUCAAAGUUCACGUCAGCCCUCGUCUGGAGAAAUCCAGAGGUGACUCUGACAUGAUGAGAGCAGCGAUGUACUCCGUAGAGAUCACAGUUGAGAAGGACCUGGCCACGGGCGAGACCAAGGUCUUGUCCACCAGCACACUACUCCCUAAAGACCUUUCUCAACAGGGGGUCAAAGUGUAUGAGGAUGAACAGAAAGUGGUGCAUGAGGUGGGCGCGGUGGCCAACGGCGUACACCAGCUCAGCUCAUCCGAAGUGGAGGAGCUGAUCCACAAGGCCGAUGAGAUCACCAUGAGCGAAGGCAGCAGCAAGGCCACACCAAAGCGCGAGGCCGAGGAAGAAGAGAAGGCCAAGACAGAGGCGGAGCCAGCAGGGGGCGGUCCCACGGCCAUUAAGGAGAUCACAGGUGUGGAAGCCAAGCCGGCGGCAGCUGCCCCACAAGCGGAGGUGAACGAGGCCAGCGCGGAGAACCCGGUCACCAUGGUGUUCAUGGGCUACCAGAACGUGGAGGAUGAGGACGAGACGAAGAAAGUGCUGGGGCUGGAGAGCACCACCGUCAAGGCCGAGCUGGUGGUCAUUGAGGAUGGCGAAAAUAAGAGCGCUCCCAGCGAGGCCAAGGAGGAGCAGGAGGCUCCCCCCAACGGGGGCCCGGCUGAGCCGGACAAAGCCCAGGAGGCCUCAGGAGAAGCCGGAGAGCCGGAGGCCGGGAAGGCUGAGAUCAAAAGCAAGGAGAAGCAGCCGUGCAAAUGCUGCUCCAUCAUGUGAGCCCAGGGCACACUCCCUUACGGAGGGAACUGGAACUUGACGCUCAGAAUGGUGCACCGUGACGCCGCGCAGACGAACCAACACCGACGCAAAACGAGAGGAGAGAAAACACCUUGUAUCUUUUGAUAGGAAGCUCUUGUUUUCUUACUUCAUUUGUACCUGUUUUAUAAUUUCUUUUUUUUUUUAUUUCUAUUUUUCCCUUUCGUAUCUUUUACCCUCCUCCAUCUUCUUCUCUGUUUUGGUUUUGUUGUGACUGAGAUGAAUGCUCUCAAACGAGUGGCACUUGUUACCACACUUUCCACAAAGAGAUUUUGCAGAUGAAGUGAAUUUUUUUUCUGUUUCUUUCUUUUUUUUCACUCUCUAGCUUAAAGUUUACCACGCAUCGCUCGACAAACCCUUUUCCAGCUUUCACCUCUUAUACGCAGUCAUGGAUUUUUGUAGUCUUACCUUUCCAUAUGAAGGACUCCUGUAUCUCUGUAACUAUAAUAUAUAUGAGUCAUUUAUUUUUAAUAUAUAUUUAUUUUAUUUUACAUUACUUUCUCAACCUCCCUAUUUUUCUUUUUUUUUCUUUUUUUUGGCAGAAGCAUGAAGUGCUCUCUGGCCCUGCUAAUGCAUUUUAUCUUUCUCCAAAAAGAGAACAGUGGGGGGGGAAAGAGGGAUCAUCUCAAAAAUUGUACUGAUCAAGCUGUGAGAAAAGACAUUUUCCUGCUAUUGGACUAAAAGUAAUGUGGGAUUCCAGUUCUAUAUGCCACACUGAAACUUGGAGUAGUACAUGCAAUGGAAUGUCAAUGCUAGGGAAGUUUAUAGGUCUACUGAGUUCAGAUUUGCAGUGCAGCGUAUACGUGUGUGUGUGUGUCUGUGUGUGUGUGUGAUUGUGAUGGUGCUGCUGUGUGAAAUAGUGAACCACUUCUGAUCGAUCUGUCUCAGGCAUUGGCAGAAAAAAAUUGUACAUCAGUGGUACCGCAAAAUAGGCCUGGGCGAUAUCUAAAAUAAUUAGCACAGUAUUUCUUGGUUAACAAUUAACGGUUUUUGAUUAUAUCACCACAUAAACACACAUACAUGCACUACACUAGAGCUUAGGCUGCCUUCAGGUCUUCUUCUAAAGCUCCUUUUUAUGAUUUCGGUGGUCUUAAGUCCAACAUGAUGGUAUUCGAGUGGUGGUUGAAGUGUUUUGUUCAGAAACAAAAUGGACAGCCUGGAAAAAAAAAUCUUUUUGUUUCUGAUAUCAAAAACAGGAUGUUAUUUUGGGUGUUUUGUUCAGUGUGUUUCUAUCCAGCACUGAAUCACAUUCAUGUGCUCAUAUCCCAGUAUAUUUUCAGCAGCAUUAGACCUGCUUGCCAUUCUGAUUUUAUCUCUUUUUUUUAAUUAACCUAUUUAAUGAAGUAUAACUGAGUAAAACUUCUGUUUUAGCUUUCAUCAAAUUGUUAGUGCAAACUAGGGUUGAAAUCCCAAACAGAAUUCCAUUCCAGGCUUUGGAUUCGAUUCCAUACAGUGACGUCAAAGUUUGCCCACUAUUGUGAGCACACAGGGUGUGAAAUUUCCGCUGUCUCUGUAUGAAAAUACAUCCUUCUACAGAUUAAACUGACAGUCCAGCUUUAAUUUAGACAAAUUAGAAAACAAAGUAAAAUGUAAAAUUUGUAAUGAAAGUAUUGAUUUACAAUCAAACAGCCUUGCCUGUGUCAAAACAUGUACCCAUCUGAAGAAGUUGACGGAGGAGAAUCAGGAACAACCAGCGUCCAUAAGUCCAGUCCAAUUAGCAUUCCAAAUUUCCUUGCAGUGGUCAGAUAUAAUUAAUACGGUACGCUUUGUAUUUACCAGAUGUCCUUCUUUAUGUCAUGUUUUUUUAGGAAUCAAUAUCAUUGUGUGGAAUCGACUCCUUCAACUCUUUCUGUCACUUGGAAUUAGGAUCAACUGCAAAAUUUCUGAUACUUGACAGCCUUGCUGCAAACAUGGCUAAGUCCUUAUAGGAGAGUCUGUUCACUCAGUCUUGGCAAUGCCUCCGAGCAGUUAUUUCCAAUCAUCCAAGACGGGGCUCCUAUCUCUUUUAAUGGGGAGAAACAUAUAGAUCCAUAAAUAAAAGCCUCAUUAACAUUUCAAUAACUGAAAUUUUUGGUAAAAUCUGACAAUAAUAACAUAAAUAAUUUGUAGUGAUUGACUCAAAUAAUACACAAAAACAUGUUUUUAUAGGGUUGUUCAGGCUACUGGACUUCUCCACAGCAGGGGUGGGGGGGGAGUGGGACUUGACCUGUAAACAUGCUGUGUUGACCGUUACGAGCUGUCCCAUUCAUUUUUCAACCAGUGACCUGUCUCCUUUAUAAGGUCUGUGAACACAGGCAUUUGUGUGCUCCUUCUGGUGUGGGUUCAGGGUGACUUAUGUGUGAGUAGUGCCUCCCCCUGCUGGAGAAACAGACUCAACACAUGCUCAAAAUGAGCACAUUCCAAAGCCACAUCCAUGUGCUUUACAUAUAGGAAUAAGAUGUUUUCCAUCAUAGUGGAGGUGCGCUGGAAUUUAGUUAUAGAUCCCCAUCAAAAGCAGUGGAAAAUUGACUCUACCACGACUAAUUAAUGCCCCAUAGUAAUCUAUUGUUUUAACAGUAAACGUGAAUAAAACCAGGUGGCUAAUUCAGGUUCGGAGAAUAAAAACCCUUCACAGGAUUUUGUUCCAACUGCCCAGCUUCCCUAGUUCUCUAGCUCAAACCAGCAGCUGAGGUAUCUGUGCAGUUGGACCUGAGAUAAACAUCUUUAAUGCUGUUUAAGAUGAAAUCAGUCCUCUAAUGCUCUCUUUCCCAGCACGCCCAGGCCCAUUAUCGCCCAGGCCUACUGCAAAAGAAACCUGCUUUAGUGGCACUGCACCUCUUCACUUUUAUCAACCCCUCCCACAUUCACUCACACACAUUGUCAUGCCUGCUUUUCUCCCUCACAAUGGUAAAUUCUGCAUUCUUUGUCUUUACAUUCUUAUUCAGAGACGUAGUUAAGGAGCAUCACUAGUAUUAAAGAGAGUGGUCUUUCAUAUUGAAAAGUCGGACUGAGGCAAUGAUAUGAUUCUCUUCCUGACAGUCUUGAUUUCUUGGUGUUCAGUAUUUUUUCUCAGUCCGUUUCCUUAGCACCUGUACCCACCGGUGAAAUCUUAGCCCUUUUUAUGUGAACGGCCCUUGAAGUACUUGUCUAUGUAUUUUCUGGAUUUCGAGUAUUUAAACAGCCUGAGGUAGAAAGCUGGUUAUAAAGGGAGGCGAGUCCAGAUCGGCAUGCCAUGCCAAUUUACACUGCCUUCGGUCUCCUCUCAGGCAGAGCCAUCCGCAGCGAGAAGUUAACGAUUUGCUGGAGCCAAAACUAUGCAAGAACCAUCAUGUACGCAAGUCCGCAUCAGCAAGCGUUCAUCCAGUCUGUUCAGCAGCCCCUCUUGGAUAGUGUUCUGCAAUAUUGAUACAUGCUUUUGAAUGGUUUGGAAACCGCUCAGAACUAAUUAUGCAGUGUCGCAGAAUUAUCAACAGGCAAUUCUACCAGCUUUUACUGUUUCAUCAUCAUGUAGUUUAGGUCUGGUAGGUGCAUAUGAUAGCACACAAAAAAAUCUGCAUGCCAAAAGUAGUACACAGAAGCAAAAAUGUUGAUUUUGUUUUUAAAAAUUGGUGAACGCUACCAUUCAAAAGUUUGGAAUCAGUCUUUUCAAUAAUGUAAAACUAAAUUGGUUCCAGAUAACUGUGUAAAGAUCGUUGUACCAAAUUGGUUUAAAGUCAAAUUGGUUUAAAUAGUUGAAAACACAGUUCUUUAGUCUAAAAGCCUUUUGCUUUCAGUGUUUCUGUACCUUAAUUAAGUUUAUUUUACUGAAACAAAUGCUUUAACGUUCCACUUUGACACUACCAAAACAAUCAACACUACUGAAACUUUACCAAAUGUUUCAGUAGUAGUGACAGUUUUGGCUAAUACUGGGGGGAGCCAGUCCUUGACUAGCAAACAUGGCUUUGAACGGUUGUACACACAUAAAAUCAUAAUAUUUUUCAUUAAAAUGCAAAAACUGCUAAAUUGCUGAACAUUCUGACUGAUUUUCAGACUUUGGGACAUCUUUUCGGAAAUCUUUCAGUUUCACUAAAAAACAACAUUGAGAAAAUACAUCAGUAUCAUCAUACAGUAUCAUUUUCUCAAGUUAAAAUUAAGGGGUCAGGAUUUGGGACUUUCUAAAUGAUGAUUUUGAAUGAAUAUUUACCUUAUUACUGUUUCAAUUAAUGUCUUGGGUUAGAAUAGAACUUAAUUCUUGUAAAUAUCUAAGGUCUGAAAUUUGUUUUAUUAAAUAUUGUUUUACUAUGUGAGUUUCAACUAAUCUGGUGGAACGUUACACAAAUGACUGUGGAUGAUUCUAGUUAGUCCUGUGCCACUUUACAGCUUUUAGAUAUUUAGCAUGACGCUAGGAAGCUGUAAAUAAUAAUGAAGACAUUUUUGAUGUGUCUAGAAUGAAGAACGAAGAAAAAUUCUAAAAUGACAGAGACAAUAACAUCAGGAAUUAAGUUAUAAUAAAAACGAAUAGCAAGAAUUCAUCAUACUGCAAAAGUGGUGAUCAAACCUCAAGGCAGAUAACUUGACAAAAAAUUAAUAAAAUGACUUUGUAAACAGAUCAUUACAGUAUUUAUUGUUAAAUAAAUUCUUGAAAAAUGUAAUAAAACAUCUGAAAAAAACCUUUUGGUGAAUAUGUUAAUAUUACAAGUGAUUCCAAACUUUUGAACGGUAGAAAACGGUGAAAAUUGCUUUGCAAAAUGUGCUCUGUAACACUUAUUCAUGUAUUACAAAGACGGCGCUGAAGGUUCUCGUGGUGCUAAAUCUAUCCAAACUGUCAUGCAGCAGGUCUUUCCAAAUCGCAGUCUUACAGCCAGCCCAGCCUCGCAGUAGCUACAAACAGCAUCGCUUACUAUUCCAGUGUAUCAGAUUUGCCCUGAAAACAUCUCAUGUAUGCAUUUAUACUUUGAGCAUGUGUGCUAACAACAAAGUUCAAACUCUUAUUUUGCUAAUUAUUUACUUCAUUUAAUUCAUUUAUUCUUUGUAAGCAGAUAGUGAACCACGUUAUCAGCUAACCUGUUUUUAUUUAGGAGUAUGAAAUUUGCAUUGUGCUUUUUCAGUGGCGCCACCACCCUCGUCUGGAGGUAAUGUGUUCGGGACAGCUUGGUAGUUGCGUGAGCGUGUUGGUGUGUGUCCGUGCGAGUGUGUGUAUGUGUGUGUGAGAGAGCAUGUGUGCAUUCCUUUCAGAACACAACGGCAUUAGCGGUAAUCGUGUCUGUAUAACUGCACUUAUUCUGGGAAGAUUUCCGUGGGGAAUCUUUGGCGUGUGCCUUGUGGCUAGAAUAGUUCUGACAGAGAGCCAAAGGUGGACAGAGCUAGUGGAAACCCCUUGUGUGUCCAUACGAACCACGAGACCUCCUGUCCCAUUCGCGAGGUUUUUCAUGGGUGUGAUGCAGUGUCGGUGGAGCUGUAUGUGAAAGGCCUAGUCUUGAAGUAGCUCCCCCUUCCCUCCGGCCUCAAAGCGAUAGCUCGACAAAAAGUCAACUGUACACAGCUUUCCUGACCCGAAAUGUAGUCGAGUAGUACGGCGCUAAUUUAGAGCCAAAACAUAGAACGUGUUUUGUAAAUGCCCAACUAAAACACACAGCGUGGUUUACGAAUACAAAGUGUGACGAUCCCUCACUGUGUGCUUUGCAAAUACACUUGAGUGACUUUAAAACAUGUACAGAAUUUUUUUUUCUAAUACAUCACAUUUAACAAACAGGAAAAAAAAACAAUAAAGGAUGGCUUUCAAAUUGAUCGCUGUCAUAUUUCACAAGCAAAUACCAGUUCUACAAACCUUUCCUAGACAGUUAGACAGUAGGUGUCGCUAUGGAUCCACUUCUGUUUCUUUGGUAACAUAGUUUGCAUUUGUAACACAUGUAGUACCUGUAUGUUAAGUGUGAUGUAUUAAAAACAGCUCUGUACUUGUUGUGUAUUUGCAAAGCACAUUGUGUUUGUUUGAUCGUCACGUAUUGUACUUGUAAACCUUGCUACGUGAGCAGGGCAGGAGUGCCCAAUCCUGGUCCUGGAGAUCUACCACCCUGGACAGCUCAGAUCUAAAACACUCUAGCUCUAAUAUUCAUAUGCCCCUCAAGGCCUUCAUUACCUGGAUCAGGUGUGUUAGAUCAAGGUUGGAGCUAAACUCGGCAGGGUGGUAAAUCUCUAGGACCAGGAUUGGGAACCCCUGUAUAUGGCAUUUAUUUAUGUUUUGGCGCUACAUUGGCUCCAUAGGUUUAGCUAAGACGUUUUUGAUGUCCAGAGUUUACUUUUGUAUUUUGAACUGGAGCUAGUAAUGGCCAAGUAAUGGAAGCUUAUAGGCACCAGUUAGAAUUGCUUAAGUAGCUUUGUGCAAACUACCCAGUUUUAGCUGUACUUGAAAGCAUGCAAAGCUGGCUGUGCAAUACACGACUUGUAAAAUGCUAACAAAUUUUACACUAGAAUUCAGAUGUUCAAUGAAUCAGCUUAGUGCUUACUUUGCAAUUAGAAUGAUAUUCUAUGGUAUCUGCAGGUCAUUGUAAAGCCAUGUGUAGCAGUUUGAACAUUUUGCACAAAAUAGCGCUGUCAGCACUCAAAUUGCUGAAAGGGAGGAAACCCACACCAGCAGGAAUUCAGUUAUGUUUGCAGUUACAAAUUUCAUGUACAUAAAGUUAAAUUAAAUGUUUGCUGUUAUAAAUUGCAUGUAUGAUUACUUGACUAAUCACCAAAAUAAUAGCUAGAUUACCCAAUUACUAAUAUAAGCAAUGUUGACAGUCAUACAACAGCAGUUUGAGCUACAAAUAAGCACUCAUAAUAAACAAAGCUGAAACUGGACCAGACUUUUUUGUACUUUUAUGCAAACAGAUGAAGCGUAGCAAAACGCUAAACGGUUUGGAGAAACGUGGAUAUCAUUCUUUUUUGCAGAAAGAGUGAGUGCCUUGAAGUUAUAUUCUAACUAAGUUAUGUUAGGAAUGUUAUAUAGGCACUGAUGCAUUUGCCAAAGUUCAACACGCAGCUCCUCCAUCUCUGUCACUCGGCCAUUGUUCAGUUGUUACUGAACAUCUCAAGCUACAAGUCCUGAACAUUUUAGUCAUAAAAAUCAGCCAUAUUUAAAAAUAUCAAGAAGGCCUUUGAUCACUCGGGAGCUAGCUCGAAGGUUGAAGUUUGACUUGUUUCGCUUUCAUGCUACCGUAUCAUCUGCGUCUUCAGUUGCUUUCGAUCGAGAUCCUGACCUAAUUGUAAAAUAUUUUUGGAAAAGGCAAAUCGGUUUUCAAAUCAGGCUAAAAAUCGUGAACUGUACACCCAGCUUAAGCAAGUACCAUUUGAUGUUAUUUAGCAGCUCAACGUGGUUUAAGAAAGCAUGUGAUGAUUUAGGCCUGCAUUUUGCACAGUGGUAAUUAGCUUCCAUUAAUUGUCAGCAACCUUAGCCUCAAAGCUCCAGUACAAAACUAAAGAAGGUAACUUUAGACACUAAACAUUUCUAGGAUGACAAACAACAUUUGGGGUAAGCAUUAACUUUUAUGACCAAUUCCCAUUUCUUUACAACCAAGUUGACCACUAGUCGAUUUCGGACAUCAAACAUGACUACAUUUAAGAUGGGGAAGGUUGUGUAAAUUUUAUUUUUCACCACACCAUCGCUUUAAACCCCAACCAUAAUGGCAGAAGAGCAAAAACUGACCCCAGAGCGGUGAUUCUGGGCUUCCUCUACCAUCGCCCUGACUCGCACAGCACUGUGAGCAUUACAGUUACCUCAGAUUUCUGCUCAGCACCGCCCCCUACUGUUUGUCAGUACUAACAUUCCAGUUCCGACGUGUUCCACAGCCCCGAAUGCCUUGUAGCCUGGCCGCCUCUGGCCAGGCACUACUCUUUGUAAAUGUGCAUGCUUUUUAUAGCUAUAGCCAUCAUAUAUCUACAUAUCCAUAUCCAUGUUGGGUGAUGUGUCCUCCUCCCUGUAGUCGAAGCCUCCCUUACCUUCUGUAAUGUCAGUGAGAUCGGUGUAUUGAUCAUAGUGUCUAGGAGCAUGAUCAGUGAAGGAGUUGGACGUCCUGAGAGUGUCAACAAGGUCACUUCCUCUAUUUCCUCCUUGAAGGAUGGGCCUCUCUUAGCUGUUUGCCUGGGGUGUGUGUGCUUGUGUGUGCUUGUGUGUGUGUGUGUGCGUGUGUGUGUGUGUGUGUGUGUGCGUGUGUGCGUGUGUGCGUGUGUGUGUGUGUGUGUGUGUGUGCUCCCACUGCCACUGCUCUGCGCUUUGUCAGUUGUGAAGGUCUGCUUUCUUACCGACUUGAAAGUGCUGUAGAAUGAGUUUGAAAUGAGAUAUUAAAAUGUGAUGUGCUUUAAGAAA